AUGGAGGAUGCCAGAGUGGAGGAGGCCUUCCGCACUAUGGAUCACGAGAGCUUCUCGAGGAUGAUGUGGCACAUUGGCAAAGCUGCGAUUGUGGCCACAUGCAUCCUCGGCUUGAUGAUGUGCCUUGCUGUGGCAAAGGGUUGGCGCCUGGGGCGCGGCGGUGAGAAGCCAGGUUACGUCGUGCCCAAGCGAGUCUGGAUCACUCUCCUGCUGCCGAAUGCGCUGAUGCACGCGUGUGGAGGCUUGCUGCUGGUGGCCGCGCCUCAGUAUGUGAUGUCGAGCAGCGGCGGCGACGCAAGCGACGCUGGCAUCGUCGCGGGCUCCUUCGGCCUGGGCUUGGUCAUGGCGAACCUCAUCGCCUUCAAGCUGGGCAACCUGUUGCCUGCGUGGCUCAUGUGCAUCGUGGCGGCGAUCACAGGCCUGGUCGGUGUUCUUUUGGGUGGCCUCCUCUCGGGGCCUGAUGUCCGCAUCUACGGACUUGCAGCAGUGGCCGCGCUGGUCGGCUUUGCCCAGUCCCUGCACGUGGUCGCAAGGACAUUUUACCAGGCUGAGGUGGUCAGAGAUGGGCAGGCCUUCGUUUCGGGGUGGGUUAGUGCUUCCAACAUCGUGGGCAUCGCCGCAGCUGCGUUGGCGACGUCCUUCGUGGACUGCACAAACUACACCCACCUCGGCCUCCUUUGUGGUGGGGGCCUCCUUGCGUACGGGUGCUUGGUCACUCUUCUCACCUGCUGCAAUGCAGCCGCCGACAUGCGAGAGCAAACGAGGACUGCUCUUCAGCAGAAGCAGGCUGGUUCUCCACCAGUAGAUUUAGUGCCGACAGGCGUCCUACCAGGGAAGGCAGCGAAAUGUGAAGUCAGCAGAAGUCAGCAGAAGUCCACAAGCCCUUGGUUGUCUGGGGACUUCUGGAAGGUGUGCUUCCUCAUCUUCACCAUGGCCAUUGCGAGGGAAGCCCAGAAGUUCCUGAUCCCCCUGGUUGGCGCAGAGGCUGAGAUCCACACCAGCUUUGUCGGAAACGUGGCCUUCAUGUCGCAGAUGGAGUCCUUGGUUGCGGCGCCCGUGGGCGGUUUCCUCAUGGAGAGCCUGGGCAUCCUGCCGCUGGUCUUGGUCUCCCUGCUCAUGUCCGCGGUGGGGAUUCAGGUGCUUUGCAUGCCUGGGGUUGGCUUUUAUGUGCAGGGCGCCAGCCUGCUGGGGCUCGCCUGCGGCUUGUGCGCUGGUGCCGCCAUCGCCCUGUCCAUCCUUUAUGCGCCACAGGGCCGAACGAAGACCUUCAUCAACGGGUGCCGAUUCUUCAACUCGGCAGCCGACGUUGUGAUCCCCUUCGUUGUUGGGGCGCUUGCAGAAUCUUCCGGGAUCCUUCUUGCCGGCAGCAGCCUGACCCUCUCAAUGCUGGGCUCGAUUUGCAUCGCGCUCUUUGCGUUCAACUUGCAACUUCUCUUCUCCAGUGACUCCGUGAAGGACGUAAGGGUGCCUUCCAUGGAUUUUGUGAUUCCGCUGAAAACCAUGGGGCCCUUCACGCGCACUGUCCUCGAGGCCAUUCACUCGCACUAUGCGCCCAGGCAGAUCUUCAUCGUUUGCAAGCAGGACACGCGCGAGGCGGUCUCACAGGCAAUGGUGAACUGGGGCCUGCCCCGUGGCAAGAUUUCCUUUGUUGACGAGGACUCCUUCUUCCAAAGAGCCAUGGGCUUCAGCCGAGAGGACCUGAAAAGGUCCUGGACCAGCACCGGCCCCCGUGACUUCGGCUGGUGGUGGCAGCAGUUGCUGAAGCUCGGAGCUGGAAGCUGCAUCGAGAACAUCUCCGAGAAUUUCUGUGUUUGGGAUGCAGACCUCAUCGUCCUCGAGCCUUGGCCGCUCAUGGGCGUGGACGGCCAGUGCUAUGUCGCUCCUCUUCAAGAGGCGUACCUGUCUGACCGCCAUCAAGAAGCCUAUGAGUCAAAUGCUCGGCACGUCCUGAAAAUGGAUCCCACGAACCCAAGCAAGGGUGGCACCUGGAUUGCGCACCACAUGGUCUUCAACAAAACAGUCUUACUGGAGAUGCUGAGCGUCAUCGAGUCCAACCUUGAAGGCCCGGAGCCGUGGCCUCUGAAGAUUCUCCAGACCGCCGAGACCUUUGAGCGCAUGUCCGAGUACGUGAUCUAUGGGACCUAUGCCAGCUCUCGCAUCCUCAAGGCGCACUCGUACGAGCGCUACGGGUCUCAGGGCCUGCGCCUCUAUGGGAAGGAGGAGGCCGUGGCCAAGGGCCGCGACUGCAACGAGUUCUUAAUGCAACGGCUGAAUUCAGAUGGCAAGCCCAUCACUGGCUACUCGUACCAGCGAGUGGCUGCAGAGGUAUGUUCCAUGAGCCUGACACACUUGCAAAUGGAGCACGUAUAG